CAGGUCAAUGUGCACUGAUUAGACACGGAAGCGAAUAACAGCUGUCAAAUAGGUCUUUCUAAAUCAGACCCAGCUCACAUUUAGCAGCAACAUACGAUCAAACUACUCCUAAAAUGGACUCUCCACGCUGGCUGCCUCUGGAGUCCAAUCCAGAAGUCAUGACCAAGUUUGUCAGCUGUUUGGGCAUGAAGCCAUCUUGGCAGUUUGGGGACGUUUACGGGUUGGAUCCAGAGCUUCUGAACUUGGUACCAAGACCAGUGUGUGCAGUGCUGCUCCUCUUCCCUGUAACAGAGAAGUAUGAGGCGUUUAAGCAAGAAGAGGAGGAGAGACUGAAAGGCCAGGGGCACGGAGUCUCCCCUGACGUUUACUUUAUCAAGCAAACUAUUGGGAACGCCUGUGGAACGAUCGGAUUAAUUCACGCAGUGGCUAACAACCAGGCACACCUGCAGUUUGAGGCCGACUCUCCCCUUAAGAAGUUCCUUGACCAAACAGCAAAAAUGACCCCAGAGGAAAGGGCCACGUUUCUGGAAAAAGACGAGAGCAUACGUGUCACACAUGAAUCUAGCGCACAGGAGGGACAAACUGAGGCCCCGAGUUUAGAUGAAAAAGUCAAUCUGCAUUUUGUAGCUUUUGUGAACGUCGGAGGACAGUUAUACGAACUAGAUGGACGGAAGCCUUUCCCUGUUGUCCAUGGAAAAACUACAGAAGAUACGCUCCUUGAGGACGCUGUAGAAGUUUGUAAGGUUUUCAUGGCUCGCGACCCUCAGGAAGUCCGUUUCACCAUCAUCGCUCUGUCCAAAGACUCGUUCUGAGAAAGCUCUUUUUUUCUUUUGUUUUUUAUUCGACCCCAGAAAACAAAGAAAACAUUACUGCCAAACAUUCUGAAGUGCUGAAUAUAUUAUAAAACACAGUUGUUGUUGUUUUUUUUUUCUCACAAUGUUAUAACUAGCAAAUCUUAAACUAAAGACAUACCAGGGAUCAGAAAUCUGCAUCGCUGGCUUGGAUUAUAGUUUUGCUUAAUCUGUAUGUUUGAUGCUCUUUUUUGGGUGAACAUUUAACUGCACUUAUUCACUGUUUAUUUUAUUGUGUUUGGGUUCAUUUUUGACAAUUACUUCAAUCACAUCAUGGAGAUGAUCUGUGCAGACACAUUUUAAGAUGCUUUAAUUUCAUUCUCUCAAAACACUUAAAGGAUGAUGAUGUUUCAGGAAUUAAUGCGUUAUGAACCUCUUUAUCAAAGAUGACUUUCGGGGGGAUAACAAACAUCUAGUCUGAACUUGCGAGUGAAAGGUGCCUACAUUUUUGUUUAAUUAUGAGUUUGUCAAAUAAAGAGCAAAUUUAAUAAGCA